AAUGAGAACGCGAACGACUUCAUGGCGUCGCUUUAGGAAGGUCGCUCUGAGAAGUGGGACACAGCGACUUCGUGAUGUCGCUCCGGGAGGUCGCUCCCAUGCUCGGUUCGUCCAAUGGUCACCUUUUCACCACUUUUGAGCUCCAAAUAACCUCAUGUGGUACUCCAGUACCUAAUAGAGACUCAUGUAUGCAAAAUGCAACCUAAACAUGUCUAAAUCCUAAUCUAUAUGAUGAAAAUGUUUAUGAAUGAAUGGAUAAAACAAUGCAAAUAUGCAAGAUGUCAUUAAGGUGCUUGGGAUGGUGGAUGGAGACACCAAACCGGCUAUGGUAUACAUAUAUGCUGCUAUGGACAGAGCUAAAGAGGCUAUUGCAAGGAGUUUCAAGAUGAAGCAAGAGAAAUAUGAGAAUGUGUUUGAGAUCAUUGAUAGAAGGUGGAAUUGUCAGCUUCAUCAGCCUCUUCACGCAGCUGGAUACUUCCUUAAUCCAGCUAUCCACUAUGCCAAUCCUGAAGACGUGUGCUGUGAAGAAGUUGAGACUGGUUUGUACAACUGUAUCAACAGGCUUGUCCCGGAUGGUGAGAUUCAAGAUAAGGUGAUGCUGGAGCUUGAUUUGUUUUAAAAGGCUGCUGGUCUCUUUGGGCAUAACAUGGCAAUAAGGCAAAGGGAGAUGAAAGCACCAGCUGAUUGGUGGUCUACUUAUGGAUCAUCAGCUCCUAAUCUAAGAGACUUUGCUGUGAAAGUACUAAGCCUAACUUGCAGUGCCUCUGGAUGUGAAAGGAAUUGGGGUGUUUUUGAACUUCUUCACACAAAGAGAAGGAACCGUUUAGCUCAACAUCGGUUGAAUGACAUGGUGUUUGUCAAGUACAACCGAGCCUUGCAACGUCGCAUGAAGAGAAGUGAUAGCACUGAUCCUAUUCUCUUAGAAGAGAUUGAUGAAAGCAAUGAAUGGCUGAUGGGAAGAAUGGAAGGAAACUCUGAUAGUGAUGAUCUAGAUGAUAAUGUCUUUGAGGAUGAAGAUCUGACAUGGAGUGCAGUGAGUGAAGCAACAAGAGCUGAGGAACCUAACUACACUACUAGAGGAUCAAAAAGCUCAGCAGCAGCAGACAAGGGGAAAGGAGUUGCCUCUUCUUCAACUCAGCCAAGACAGGAACGAUAUGGUCCAGGUCCUUCUAAUCUGUCUCUUGUUGAUGUCGAUGAUGAUGAACUGGAACAUGAUUUGGAAGCAAAUGGCUUCGGUCAAGGGGAGGAAUUGGAGUUCCAAGAUGACUCUGAAACAGAGUUUUAGAGUUGGUGUUUUAGUUUUGGUGUUUUGUUUUUUUUUUACUUUGAAUUAUGAACCGUUUUGGUUUUGAAUUAUGCUUCGUUUUGGUGUUUUGGUUUUGGUUUUCUACUUAUGAUAUGUUAUUUUGGCUUUAGAUGUUCUCUACAUUAUCAAUAAAAGAUGUUUUGGUUUUAUA